AUGACUCAAGAGGAGGUUGCAACGAACACCUUCGUCAACGCGGAGCUUAUCGGCUUACUCACUCAUCGAGCGGACUGUCGAGCUGCGUUGCGAAGUGUUCAGCGACUUCUAGAAACCGUUCCACAAGAAGACCGCAUGGCGACUAAAGAAGAGAUCCAAGACUUGAAGAACACGGAAGAUUUCGUCUACGACCAGGAGGAGUUCUACACCAAGAGAGAGAAGCGCUACACACUCUACCUCGAUCACUUGGAGUACUGGGGCGCCAUGGUCGCCAUCUUCAUUCUGGGAUCCUUUGUGACUUGUGGGAAUCUCAGCAAACAAGGAGAAGAGAAGAUGACUCUGGCAAGGACAAUUCUGAGCGGACCGGUCAUGGUUAUUGGAUACACGGUCGUAGUGGCAUACUGGUGUGGAAUUUUGGCGACAAGCUUUGAAAAUGAAAAAGAACAACGACAUUCAGUGAAGGAAGAGACCGAGUCGAGUGAAGAGACCGAAUGGGAGGACACCAUGCACAUGUCGGAGUUGACCAGCCGUCAAUUUGAUAUGGUGGACACACUCGCCAACGUCAUCGAGCCAACACGGAGCAAUAUCUCGAAGACUACUUGCAAAAUUUUGUCAACCUUCACAUGGUUCAACGUCUUUGUUGCGGCCUUCAGUAUCUUCCGAAUCGCAAUUAUAUUCAACACCGGAAUAUUAUUCAAAAGCAACAACCCCCUCGACGCUGUCGAUGCAUUAUUCUUCAUGGGGCUCACGUGUAGCAGUGUGACUCUCGGCACUCUCCUCUUCGAAGCUUACAUGAUAGCUGCCAAAGCCACCAGCGGUUUCUUCAAGGGUUCAGACGACGACUCGGAACUCAUCCAAGCCAUUCAGAAAAAACCUCUCGAAUUCGUCGGCUAA